AUGGAGGCUGCAGUAGAAUACGUUACCCAGCUGCCACCAACGCCCUCUGCCAUCCUCGGCCUCUCUAUCGCCAACGCGGUUCUCUACCUCCUCAUCGUACGCAACGCGCCCAGUCUCCCUCGCACCAUCACCAAGACAGCCUCGACCGCCCUCCUCGCAGCCUUCGCAGCCUCAGUCGCCGGUGCGCAGACCCGACGACUGAUCGCGGCCCUCGCAUUCAGUGCCGCCGGCGAUGCCCUCCUCGCGUGGGAUGAGGGCGACGUGGCCUUCCUCUACGCCCUCGUCUGCUUCCUCUCCUCGCACAUCCUCUACAUCCGCCUCUUCUUCACCCGCGGCCACGGUGUCGAUCUGAUCCUCUCCGAGUCCUGGCGCACCAGCCUCGCCGCCGCCAUGGCCCUCCUCGCCCCGGGCAUCAACUACAUGCUCGUCUCGCGCGUCGCCGCCCGCGGCCUGCAGGUGCACAUCGUCGCCUACUCGGUGGCCAUCCUGGGCAUGUUCCUCGCCGCACUGACCAUGGACAACGCCCAGAUCGUCACCGGCGCGCUCCUGUUCACCACAUCGGACGCCAUCCUCGCCGCGGACAAGUUCCUCGUCGCGAGGUCGUCGGUGUUCCGCGCGCCGCUGCAGUAUGCCGUCUGGGUGUUGUACUAUGCCGGUCAGGCGUCCAUCACUCUUGGGCUGCUUGCAUUUCAGAAGUGGCCUUAG